AUGGACUUCGCCUCGAUCCUCUCCUCGGAGAUCUCCAAGAAGCGCAAAGAAUCGCCCACCUCUAGCGCUACCACCACCACGACAAGCAGCAGUACCACCACCACCGCGCCCAAAUCCAAAUACCUCAAGCGGUCCGAGCUCGAAGCGGCGCGCGAGAGCGAGUACGUGCGGCGACAGCGGGAGGUCGCGGCAGUGCGGGCAGGCAAGGCUGCGGCCAAGGCUGCCGAGGAGGAGGCAGCGGCGGCGAAGCGCGAGGAGGCGCGGGAGAAGCAGCGGCGGCUUGCGGAGGAGCGCAGGAAGCGCGAGGAGGAGUUGAGGAGGGAGCGCGAGGGAACGGGGGAUAAGCCCGAGAAACAGGCGAAUAAGGAGGGCGAGGAGAUGACUGAGGAGACCGCGGUCAGGCUGCUCAGGGAGCUGGGGCACCCCGCUAGGCUGUUCGGUGAGAGCACUAUUGGAAGGGUCAAAAGGUGUAAGCGCAUCGUGGCGAAUCAUGAGGCUGCGAAGGAUCCGCUCGAUUCACCGCCGCCGCUGAUUUCCGAGGAGGAGAUGCGCGUGAAGUUGGAGAAUGUCAAGGAUGAUCCCGAGCUGGUGUAUAGACAGCUGGAUGCGUGGUUCAGGCUCGUGCUGAAGGAGUGGAGGAGGGCGCUGGAUGAGCGGCCGCUAUCGGUCAAAGAGAGCUUUCAGGGGAGGAAGGCGGAAGACGCGAUGAAGCAGGCAGAGGAGUACAUGAAACCUCUGUUCCGACAUUUCAAGCAGAAGGACCUCAAGGCGAAUGUCUUUGAGAAGGUGUGUGAGAUCGUGGUGGAGGCUCAGGCAAGGAGAUAUGUCAAGGCGAACGAUGUCUAUUUGAAGCUGAGUAUUGGAAACGCUGCAUGGCCCAUCGGAGUCACCAUGGUUGGUAUCCACGAGCGAUCCGCACGAGAGAAGUUGCACGAGAACCAGAAGGACGGCGCGGCGCACAUCAUGAGCGACGAGGUGACGAGGAAGUUCCUGCAGAGCAUCAAGCGCUGUUUGAGCUUCUGCCAGACCAGAUGGCCGCCGGAGGAUCCCCUGCAGUUGAUGGGAUGA